AUGGUGGACUACUACGAAGUCCUGGGCGUGCCCCGGCAGGCCUCCACCGACGCCAUCAAGAAGGCCUACCGCAAGCUGGCGCUCAAGUGGCACCCCGACAAGAACCCCGAGAACAAGGAGGAGGCAGAAAAGAGAUUCAAGCAGGUGGCCCAGGCCUACGAGGUGCUGUCGGACGCCAGGAAACGCGGCGUCUACGACCGCUAUGGCGAGGCGGGCGAGGACAGCGCGGGCGCCGCGGGCCGCCCCUGCCACGACCCCUUCGAGUGCGUCUUCAGCUUCCGCGACCCCGCCGACGUCUUCAGGGAGUUCUUCGGCGGACAGGACCCCUUUUCCUUCGACUUCUUCGGAGCCCCGCUGGAGAACAUUUUCGGGGGCCACAGGAUCCCGCGAGGAAGCAGGAGCAGAAGCAGGGCGUCCGCGCCUCUCUUCUCCACCUUCUCCCAGUUCCCCGCUUUUGGCGGUGGCUUUUCUUCCUUCGACACGGGGUUCACAUCCUUCGGGCCCCUGGCCGACGGCCUUUCUUCCUUCUCCAUGUCCUGUGGCGGUGGCGGGGCAGGCAACUUCAAGUCCGUGUCCACUUCCACAGAAAUCGUCAAUGGCAAGAAGAUCACCACCAAGAGGAUCGUGGAGAACGGCCAGGAGAGGGUGGAAGUGGAGGAGGAUGGACAGCUCAAGUCCCUCAUCAUAAAUGGCCAGGAGCAGCUGCUACGCAUCAACACCUAGUCAUUCCCUUGGACUUAAAGUACAUGUUGAGGAAUAACAGGACACUUUU